CCGGCCAUCAGCGAAGCGGAAACCAGGGGCUGUCGUCGGUAAUACAGCCGGCUAUCUGUAGCCUACCCCGGGCUGUCGGAUUUCGUGCACUUCAGACAAGGGAGAGUCGGACCCCGGAGGAGCCAAGGGGACUGAUUGUUGAAACCUAGUCAGUGACUGACAGCUGCACAUGGAAUUUGAAGAGAUAAAACGGAAAGGUGUAAUGGAGAUGUCGGGUAUAGAAGGAGAGGCAGGUCUGGUGGCUGGUCGCAGUCAGAGGGAGAAAAAGCGCUCAUACAAAGAUUUAUUGAGAGAAGAGGAAGAAAUAGCCGCACAGGACUCUGAGUUGAUAGUGACAGGUGGAGAUUUACACAAAAAGAAGAAGAAGCACUCAGGUGAUGAGCACCAUUAUAAAGACCACCAUGGCUCAGGGCCUCCUCAUAAGAAGAAGCGCAAGUCCUCAGAACGCUCACCUUCACGCUCGUCUUCAUGCUCCUCGCAGCCAGCCCACUCUACAGAUACUGCUAUGGGCCUCUUGCAGGCCAUCACCUCACCGAUGGCCACAGGCUCCGAGCCUGGCCCUAACUUCCAUAAAAAACCCUCUUACCCUCCUCACUCCUCACAUUCCUCCUCCAAAGAUCGCAAGCGUGAGGGUGGCUCCAAGAGUAGCCUCUCUUUCUCCCACUCUUUCUCUCAUUCCCGCCAUCCAAGUUCAUCUAAGAAGCAUUCUUCGUCCUCCUCGUCUUCCUCCAAGUCGUCAUUGUUCCAUUCCGGAGCGGGGAAGGGUGAGCCGCUUACACUGCGAGAUGGUGAGGGCUUGAAAAUGAAGCUCAUCCUUUCGCCCAAGGAGAGGAACGAGGGAGGAGAGUCGACUGAAGGAUUCCCCUUCCCUGCACAUCCGUCUUCAGGGAGCAUGGGACAUCAUUCCUCUUCUGGCAUCAAAAAAAGCGGGAUGAAGAAGGAGAAGGACAGGGACCGAAUGACAACGUCUAAGCCACCAAAGAAGAAACAGCACAGCCGAGAGCCUCUGCCCAUGGUGGGGAAAGAAGUAGAAGUGGAGGGACAGUAUGGUGGGUCUUUGGCACAUGGAGGAGAUUGUUCAUCCUCAGGAGCGGAGCUAGAGGCAGGUGAACUGAUCAUUGACGACUCCUACACACACCUUUCAUCUAAAAAGAAGAAAAAAAGCAAAAAAAGCAAAAAGAAAAAGGACAAAGAGAAGGACAGGGACAAGGAUAAAAGCUCAAAAGAGAAGAAGCACAACAAAGGAGGAAAUGCAGAAAAGAAAAUAUUUAAAGGGGACUCAUCCAGAAGUCACUCCCAUUCCCACAGCUCGUCCAAUCACAGUACCUCAUUAGGGACAUAUGCUAUGGCUCCAGCGAUCACCUUGCAACAUCAUCAUCAGGGUGCUGACCUGAUGAUGGUGAAGAAGAAAAAGAAGGAGGAGAAGGAGAAGGACAAGCAUGAUAAAGACAAGAAAAAGAAGAAGAGUACGACAGCUUAUCAGGUGUUCUGUAAAGAGUACAGGGCCAAUAUAAAUGCGGAACAGCCUGGACUUGUGUUUGGGGAGCUGAGUAAGAAGCUUGCAGAUGUUUGGAAUCAUUUACCUGAAAAAGACAAGCAGGUCUGGAAGCAGAAAGCUCAGUAUCUGCAGCAUAAGCAAAUUAAAGCUGAUGCCACUACCGUCAAACAGAAGACUUCCUUAUCAGAGAACAAAAUCAAGAGCUCCAGUAAGGUUGUGGGUACGGGGGCGGGGUUGACCACUCCAAGCCGCUCUUCUCUGACCAUCCGGGUACCAGAAGUUGACCCUAUAGAUGCUGCUGCCCAUCUGCAGCUCCUUGGGGAGUCCCUCUCUCUCAUCGGACACAGGCUACAAGAGACAGAAGGAAUGGUAGCAGUGUCUGGCAGUCUCUCUGUCCUGCUAGACUCAAUUUUGUGUGCUCUCGGUCCAUUAACCUGCCUCACUGCUCAGGUCCCUCAGCUUAAUGGCUGUCCCCGCAGCGUCUUGUCAAGCACGCUGGACAACAUAGCAUACAUCAUGCCAGGACUAUGAAACUGAAGAAGAGAUGACUUUACACCAAUUGCACUUCAUAAGAAACAGGACUCAUCAAAAACAACCAUGAAACAAAAUGACAAUUUUUGACAGUUUAUUUCUGUUAACAAUGCACCAAUCAGGUCUGGGGCAAAAACAUUGGACAUUUGUAGACGUAGAACUGUUUUUAAAUCUUAAAGUGUUUAAUAUUUUUUAAACUGUAUUUCUUUAAUAUUUUUUUAAAAAAGUAUCAGAAAUCUUAUUCUAGGGAACACGUCUAUGUCAGGUUAUUAGAUUUUAUUGUUUUAUUGUUUAAAUGUGUCCCAGUGAGCGUGUGCAUGUGUGUAUGUUUAUGUGAGCGUGUUGUGUGAAAAUUGCCAUACUUUUAUUAUGUAAAGAGCAAUUUAUUUUUAUGCAGAUAUGUACAGUUUUAUGUCUGGGCCUAAGGCUGUUUUUAUUUUAUUUGAUUAUUUUUUUAUUUAAAGUUAAGUUAAUAGAAGCAAACAGUAGUUUAACUGCAGUAGUCCUUUUACUGCCAAACUGUUUUUAUACUUGUAAAAUGUAAUAUGUUAUCAUUUGUUUAUAGUAAAAGCAUGUAUGAAAUAAUUUUGGAAGUCUGACCUAACAAUUUGCAGUAAUGCAUAGAUUUAGAAGCAUAAACCUGUACAGUUCGUUAUUACUAAGCUUUAUUUUCUCCCCAAACCGAUGAAAAUAUGCAGUUUGCAUUUUAGUAGAUUUCAGGUGAACUUUUUUGAGCAGUUUUUUUUUCUUUUUGUAAUUUCCAAAUAUUUAUCUAAAACAUUUUGAUUUUUAGCUUCUUUAGGUUUGUGCAAAGAUUUUGUGCUCCAUAUCAUGAAGAAAAAAUAACCCCAAAGAACAGAGAAAGUUUUCUGAAGUCUUUAAUUACAUCUAAGUACUUGCACAGCCAUAGCUUUAAUUAAUGUAGAAGAGGCAGUCUAGGCAUGCAAUAAUUACAAAUAAUACAUUGCUGCUUGUACAAUGAUUAUCUUUGUUUGUUAGUCUGGCAGUCUGCUUGUAACCACUGGCACUUUAACUCCUGUUCUUAAAAAAACAACAAACAAAAAAACCCCAAACGUGCCUUAAAAGGGAAUGAAUAGUUUGAAUAGCAUAGACAGGGUGGUUCAACUUUUUCUGCACUAAUGUGCAAGACUGUGUGU